AUGACCACAGCAAGCAAAGACCAAAAGGCGAAGCCCAGCGCUUUGCGCUCCAUCAUUGCCGGCUCCACCGCUGGAGCCGUGGAGAUCGCAAUCACCUAUCCAGCUGAGUUCGCAAAGACCCGAACGCAACUCAACCGCCGACUUGCGGAAGGCCAGAAGUUGCCGUGGCCACCAUUCGGCAAGCAAUGGUAUGCCGGGUGCACAACAUUAAUCAUUGGGAACUCUUUGAAGGCUGGAAUUCGUUUUGUCGCAUUUGACGCCAUCAAGGCGUCCCUACAGGAUGAGAAUGGCAAGAUAUCAGGACCGAGGACGGUCGUGGCUGGAUUUGGUGCGGGCUUCACCGAGUCUCUUCUGGCUGUCACACCCUUUGAGAGUAUCAAAACUCAGCUGAUCGAUGAUCGGAAGUCUGCAAAGCCACGAAUGAAUGGCUUCCUUCAUGGCAGCAAAGUUAUCUUCCAGGAACGAGGCAUUCGCGGCUUCUUCCAGGGCUUUGUACCGACUACUGCUCGACAAGCGGCCAACUCGGCCACCAGGUUCACCACUUACACUACCCUGAAACAGUUCGCUGAAGGCUAUGUGGCUCCUGGGGAAAAGCUUGGAACCUUGAGCACAUUUGCUAUUGGUGGGGUUGCCGGAAUCAUCACAGUUUACGUGACUCAACCUCUCGACACAGUGAAAACCAGGAUGCAAUCACUUGAAGCCAGCAAAGCGUAUAAAAAUAGCUUUGUUUGCGCCGCAAAGAUCUUCAAGGAUGAAGGUAUCUUAACUUUCUGGUCCGGGGCAAUGCCACGACUGGCCCGACUGAUCAUGAGUGGAGGAAUCGUGUUUACUAUGUAUGAAAAAUCCAUGGAAUUGAUGGAUCUCGCAGACCCUCAGCGAAGGUACAUUUAA